AUGGAGCUCCGUCCACUCCGUGUGAUGAUCUUGCUUAUUUCACUUAUCCGAGUCGGACAAGCUCAAGUUCUGUCUGUGGAGCCGAAUUCACCUCAAAUAUUCAGAGGAGAGACGGUUACACUCACAUGUAGGAUUACGAGAUGGAGUGGAACGUACUACUGGAACAAAGAUGGUGUUAAUGUUCACAGUUCUGCUGAAAAUUACUACAUUAUAAAUGUAGAUCAGAGUCACAAAUACAGCUGUUUCGGGUCUAAUAGUGUAUGGUCAACGCCACUGAGUAAUGAAGUGACUCUCUCAGUGAUAGAGAGACCAAAAGCCGUUCUGACUCUGCGGAAUGAUGGACAGAUAUUCAGUGGACAGGAAGUCACUUUCACAUGUAAAAUACGAGGACAUGCAGACACUGAGUGGAUGUACAACUGGUAUAAAGAUGGUGUCCAAAUAUUCUCCUCUGAUAAGAGGAGUCUGUUACACUCACUUAGUGCUGAAACAUCUCAUGCAGGUAAAUACACCUGUAGAGGAAGAGAGAGAGGAGGCUCACACUCCUCACACACCAGUGAUGCUGUUACACUGACUGUAUCAGAAAAGCCUAAACCUGUACUCACACCAAGUCGUGAAGGAGCUGUACUGAAAGGAAACUCAGUGACUCUGUCCUGUACACUGAAUCUGCAGUCUGCUGGAUGGAAGUUUUACUGGAUCAAACCCACACAGAGCACUGAGACUGAGGCUGAAGCUAAAACAGACUACUAUACUAAAACAUACAGUGCAGUUAGUGUCUCUGAUGGGGGUCAGUACAGGUGCAGAGCUGGAAGAGGAAACCCAGUCUACUACACACACUACAGUGAUGCAUUCUGGGUAAAUGUUACUGAGAGUCCUAAAGCUGUGGUGACCAUAAAGCCUGAUAAACAUGUGUUCGGAGGAGAGAAUGUGACUCUCAGAUGUGAAAUACAGGGAGGAGGAGACACUGAGUGGACAUACAGCUGGUAUAAGAAUGAUAAAACACUCUACCCAUCCCCCACAACACAGGAGUUCAGCUUCAGCUCAGUUAUAAAUUAUGACAGUGGUGAAUACACCUGCAGAGGGAGGAGAAGCAGUGACUCUCAGAGAUCAGAGAUCAGUGAUGAUGUUACACUCACUGUAUCAGAUGCAGCAGAGACAGUAGUGAGUGUGUCUCCACUGCGCUGGCUGACUGAAGGAGACUCAGUGACUCUAAGCUGUGAGGUUAAACACUCCUCUACAGGCUGGACGUUCAGCUGGUACACAGAGUUUCCCUCCAGAGACAGUCAGGGUUCCCUCAGGUACAGUACAGCGCUCCUCUCAGACAGCAGCAGAGGAUCUGGAGGCUCCUACACUCUCAGUCCUGUUACUGUGAAUCACACAGGAGUUUAUAUGUGCAGCGCAGAGAGAGGAGAAAAAGUCUUUCACACAUGGUUCAGCAACCUACAGCCACUGUGGAUCACUGGUGAAUCUCCUCCAGUGUCUCUGAUCAUCAAUCCCAGCAGAACUCAACACUUUACUGCUGACUCUCUCUCACUGAGCUGUGAGGACCAGAGUGACUCUACUGGAUGGACAGUGAGAGGAUACACACACAGUGAGGCACUGUUUGAUUGUUCAUCAGUUUCAGGAUCUACAUGUAACAUCAGCUCCCUCUCUACAUCACACACUGGAGUUUACUGGUGUCAGUCUGAAUCUGGAGGACGCAGUAAUCCUGUCAACAUCACAGUGCACAAUGGUGAUGUGAUCCUGGACAGUCCUGUCCAUCCUGUGACUGAGGGACAUCCUCUGACUUUACAUUGUUUAUCUCGCAACUCAAAGACCUCAGAUUCUGGUGUUGAUUUCUCUAAAGAUGGUUCAGUCCUGCAGAAGAAGACUACAGGAGAGAUGACCAUCAGUACUGUCUCAAAGUCAGAUGAAGGUUUCUACCACUGUAAACACCCAGAGAGAGGAGAGUCACCGAAAAGCUGGGUUUCAGUCAGAGACUCAGGGUCUGGAUCCAGUAUUGAUAUAGUAUUUGUGGCUGUGGGACUGAGUUUGGCCUUGCUGUUCAUCAUCCUUUUACUGAUCCUGCUUUGGUGGCACAAAUCCAUCAAGGGAAAGGACAGAGACAUACAGCAGAACAGCAAUCAGACACCAGGCCAGAACCCGAGUCAGUCAGGAGCUGAGGAUUCUCAGUCAGCAUACACACCACUUCAGACCGAUGUGCACAUUUAUGCCACUGUGGAGAACGCAAGUAAAAGUGACGCUGCAGCUGAACCCAGUGGGGAUGUUUAUGCACAGAUCAUGAAGAAAAAGGAGUCAUACAAGAAUAAAGAUGAUGAUGCUGGGCCCAGUGAUGUGAUUUACACUGAGCUUGAACUCAAGCCACAGAAAAAAACGAAGAAAAAUCAAGUGAAGACCAGUGUAGAGUAUGAAACUGUUUACUCACAGCUGAAGCAGAACACAUAGGUGCUGGAGGAGUGAAUACACAACUGAACAGACGAGAGAGAAGAGAGAGAGAGAAGUUCAUCAUGUGUGCAGUGACAGUAAAAUCGGAGUGAGAUUGUUUUGUACAGGUUCUUUGCACUUAUUUGGUUUAAAAUGUGUGUGGGGAAUAAGAACGUGUGUAUGGAAAGCAUUAAGAAGUAUUUACAGGGUGUAUUUUAUUGAUUACUUCUCCACUAUUAGGACUGGUUGUAAAGCAAAAGGAUUUAGUAGUAAUAUUAAGAGUAAUAAGUCAAUGUGACUGAACUUUUAUUCUUGAAAAUGUUUUUCACUCAUGUGAGGGGCUUCAUCAGGUCAUCUGUGUGCAGUUCACAUCUACAGAACUGAAAGCCGUUAAGAUCACAUACAGAGAUACACUGAUGUAUUUUCCACCACACGGUACAACCACAAUCUCCAGCCUAUAGUUAAAAAGAUCAUGUAUCAUUUCAUCAUAACAAAUAUCACUUCAUGGUUUCACUGUAUUAAGCAAUACUUUAAAUAAAUGCAUGCAGAUAUCACAAACCACAACAAGAUGAAUAUAUAUCACAAGUCCUAAACUGUGUGCACCAAAUGUGUCUGUAAUGUCACACGUCUUCCAGAAACUAUCGUUUUAAUGUAUUUUUAUUGCACUGUAACAAGCCUGUUAGAAAAGUCAUGUGCAUAGAGUGUACAGUUUUAUCUCCAGCAAACGUUUGUACUCAUCUCCAUCCAUGUGGACAUAAGCAGUAUCAGUAUAUGUAAAGUUAGAGGUGCUCAGUACAGUGCAAUCUCUCAAUUUAUUUACUUGGUAUUUUAAUGUACUUUUUUCUUUGGUUUAAAUUUGGGAGCAUUUCAACAAUUACAGUUGUACUUUUAGGUCACACAAAUGAUACCCUGCAUUAAAAUAUACAUGUAUACAAAGCAGCUGUAUUUUGCUACUUUGUGUUACAUAACGAGACUGGAGCGGAAGCAGGUGCAGAUUAAAGUCUUUAUUCGAAACAAAGUCCAUAAACAUGAAACGAGAUACGCGGUCGAAGCAUGGAACAAGAUUCGAGGCAUGAAACAAAAACAGGACAUGAGAACACGACCACUUAGCAUCAAGCUAGCUAACAUAUACUUCUCUAUACUUAAACUUACUUCUACUUAGUUCGUUCAGCGUAAUACUGCAGGAGGUGCACAGACACACGAGGGGUUUAAAUAACUCACUUAAUUAAGCUUGAACGCAGACAGCUGGAAACAAUAAGGACACACCCUCAAACACCAACCAAUAACACCACAGGGAGGAGACAGAACAGAAUCAAAACAAAUGCACGUGUCCAUAGUAAACAAAGUCACCAUCAUCAAUAAUCCAAGAGCGUGCGCUUGCUGAGCGCUCGCACACUCUGGCUCAUGCACGCGCGCGCCCUCCGGCCUUCAGUGCACAGUGCCGUCUGCAGGGGAGAUCAUGACACUUUGAUUUGAUGAGCUUUGAUGAGAUUUUCUUAAGGGGCGUUAUUCACUGAUUAACCUCCAGUUGCUUAACAAGUGAUGACAUCCUACGAAACAAUGAUAAUGAUAAUGAGUCUUUAUUAAUCACACAUACAUAUGCACAGUGAAAUUCUUUUCUUCGCAUACCCCAGCAUGUCAGGAAGCUGGGGUCAGACCGCUUCAUUCUUAUGCAUCAUUAUUGUUGUACUCGACAAGAAUAAUACCUGCAUUGCAGUAGAAAUAUUCAGCUCUGUUCUCUUUAAUAUUAUGUUUAAAAAGUGGCCAAAGCUAAACAGAGAGCAUGAAACAUUUCAGAUGAGGAAAUAUUUUAUCAAUCCUGCAUCACAAAGACUGUGAAUAAAGUCUACUGUAAGAUAUUGCAAAUUUAAAAACAAAACAAACAAACAAACAAAACAAAAAAUGCUUUCAUGUAUUUUCUGUAUAAAGGGGGUCAUUUUAUUACUUUUAUACAUGUGUCAAGAGCUUACAACAGUGCCAUCUUCUGGGUAUAAUUCAUUUUAUGAAAAUAUAUGCAUUAUUAAAUUCUAUGUCUUUGAAAAUGUACAUUUUACAUGUGUUUUUAAUUUGUGUUUUGUUUUUUGUAAAUACUAAUGUUUAUCUGUUUUUUGUUUGUUUUUUUUAACUUUUUUUAUUAAUUUAUUUUUAUAUUUCCUUUAAAUCUACACAUCCUCAAAACUGCUCUUGGACCUGUUCCUCAAAUAAACUUUGACAAGGACAUCUUUGGACUUGUUACGAUUAUGUUAUUUGUGUAAAUAUGCAUAUCUUUCUUUCAAUUAUUCCUGCUGUAUUGUAAUAAUUAUUUAAUUUGUCCUUAUUUGAGAGUGUUACUCUUUUAUUUACCUUCAUUAUUCUGACUACUGAUGACAACCUGUGAACCAACUCAUAUUAAUACAUAAUCACAAGUGAUUCAGAAAGUCUAUCCAUCCAUUUUCUGUAGUGCUUAUCCUACACAGGGUCGCAGGGAGCCUGGAGCCUAUCCUAGGGGACUUGGGGCACGAGGCAGGGGACACCCUGGAUGGGGUACCAACCUGUCGCAGGGCACAAUCACACACAGAUUCACAGACUACAGACAAUUUAGACAUGCCAAUCAGCCUACAAUGCAUGUCUUUGCACUGGGGGGAGUACUCGGAGGAAACCCCUGAAGCACGGGGAGAACAUGCAAACUCCACGCACACAGGACAGAGAUAGGAAUAAAAUCACCAACCCUGGGGGUGCGAGGCAAACGUGCUAACUAAGCCACCUUGCUCCCUGCUUCAGAAAGUCUAUUUAUUUAUGUCACAUGCGUGGAACAUUCAAAGAGGUGAAUACUUAUACAAUGAACUGCAGUCUGUGUAUGUGUUUUGUAGAUGAUGUUCAAUUUGUUUGUGCCUGUAUUUAGAUUCCAUCAGGUGUGUGUACAAAAAUACCCCUAAGUUAGUUCUCGUAGCUCAGAGACUGAGAGACUGAGUGGAGAUCAGCUGUAGUUCAGUCUCUCACCAGUAGAGGGAGAAAUGCACCGAACUACACUGCAGUGAACAUCAGCUCCAGUUCUGCUACAGAGA